AUGGCAAUGAAGCGCCUCCAACAGCUCGGCAACCAGCUCACGCAGACCUCUCCUAAACCAGACGAAGAGACAAUGGCCCCCGCAGACUCCAAAUUCGCCCUCGACGAAAACGGCAUCCCGCCGUUCGAGUCGCUGCCCCUCGGCAAAGACGACCCGCGCUUCUCGGCCUGGGGCCUCUACGGCGACAAGGACGAGCUGGGGACGCUGAACAGGUUGACGGACGAGCGCGUCGCUGCUGCUGCGAGGGAGGAGAUUAAGACGGGCGCGAGAGUCUCCCUCAACUGGCCCCUGACAGCCCAAUCCGCCCCCUUCUUCAACCGCCGCGCCUUCCACCACGACCUCUACCGCAAGCACCCGCGCUUCGUAAACGACGACGAGUGGACCUUCAACUCGCAGUCGUCGUCGCAGUGGGACGGCCUCCGGCACUUUGGGUACCAAAAGGAAGAAAAGUUCUACAACGGCGUCUCCAUGGACGAGGUCCACGCCGUGGACGAGGAGGGGAGGCGGUCGACUGUGAAUGGGAUCCAAGGUAACCAUCUCUCUCAAUCUCCCCUGCUCUCCCGAUUGCUUCUUCCGUUUAGCUCUGUCGAGCGUCGAGUCUACCCCCGUGCGCCUACCACGCAAAACAUGCCUUACGACCCCUUUGCGCGCGACUCCAUCCCCGUCGCGGAUCUCCAGGCCUGCCUCAAGGCGCAGGGCACCGAGAUCAAAUUUGGUGACAUACUCAUCACCCGUACAGGCUUCACAGCAACACACGCCUCCCUCCCCCCCUCAACCCUGUCCGACCACCUCGCCGCCAGCCCGCAAACCUUCUCCGGCGUAGCCCAAUCCGAAGAGACCCUCCGCUGGGUCUGGUCCAACUUCUCCGCCGUGGCAGGCGACCAGCCGUCCUUCGAGUGCUGGCCCCACCGCGACCCGAAGCACUGGAUGCACGAGGUCCUCCUCGCCGGCUGGGGCAUGCCCGUCGGCGAGCUCUUCGACCUGGAAGCGCUGGCGGCGCAGUGUAAGCGCGAAAAGAGGUGGAGCUUCUUCGUCGUGAGCGAGCCGUGCAAUGUCCCCGGCGGUGUUGCGAGGUGA